AUGAAAUUCGCGUGUGACGAUGGACCGGGGAGUAGCUUCGGUGUGAAGGAGUGCCCGCGACCACGUGAGGCGUGGAUGAGAGGUGAAGAUGAGGAGCGACUCGGCGGACGGCCGGUGAAUCUCGUUAAUGUCGCUUCUGAUUCGUUUAGUGUCGUGACACCUCAACUCGUGACGUCAGCGCCGUCUAACAAACACACGGACAAGCACAUUCAUCACUCUGACGGUGCGAGCUGUUCGUCGAUUGUAACUUUUGUAGUGAGGCGUGGUAGGAGUGAGGAGCGGUCGUUCGGCGGCAGCAGGGCGGCGCGGGCGGAGCGCCAUGCGCGCGCCAUGUUGCUGCCCGACCAGACGUACGAGGGCGCAGGCUCCCACCCACCACCGGCACCGGCACCACACACGCCACUCGCCGCUCUCCUGCGAGCACAUCGCGUCCGGCCGGAUUUCUUUUGCACGUACCGCCCCGGGCACGUCCACGGCAGCAGGUCCUCGGCACCGCUGGAAGAGAAACGAGUGUCGACAUCGGAACUGGCGCGCUCCAGGACUAAGACCCGGGACCGAACGAGAGGGAGGGCGAGGAAGCAACGAGUACAGUACAGUAGUGACAGCGCCCUCUGCUGGUAUUUGUUAGUACUCUCUGAGCGGGCAGUGUUCGUGAAGGCUGUGUCGUCUCCUCGGGUCCGCGUGACUACGACAGAGGGCAGCACACGUCUUGUUGUGCAGCGGCGAGGAGAUGGGAUUAGAAGGAGGGAGGAGGAGGAGGAGGGAGGGGGGGCGGAGAAGGGAACACUCAUAGCUUUCGGCGCUCGAGCUUACAAAUAA